CGCGAACAGAGCUCCCGGCGUUUGAGUGUCUGUAGCAGUGCGCGGAUAGGCCGCAUGUGAUGUGAGCUGACUGUGCUACAGUGUGCUCGUGUGCAUUGUCAACUGUGAUACAUCCCUGAGUCUCAUUUAACAUACCGUAUUUUCAUUCCUUGUGACAGAAAAGGUUUAGUAGAAAAAUGCCAAAGAAGUCAAAAGAUGUCGCUGAGUGGGAGGGUGAUGAUGAACCACAAACAGAAAAAAAUGUCAAAAAAGGAAAGAAGGAUAAGAGGGGGAAGAAGAGUUUUUUUGAGGAGCUGGCAUCAGAUAUUAAACCAGAAAAAGUAGAAGAGCCACCAGUGAAAGAGGCACAAGGGAAACAGCCUCAGAAGAAAAAGAAAGACAGGCGGAAAGGGAAACCAGGAGACGAUGAGGAUGAUGAUGAUGAUGCAGAGGUCAUGCAGCGCCUCAAGAAACUGUCAGUCCAGCCCAGUGAUGAAGAUGAAGAAGAGGAAGAGGUAGUUGCUCCAGUCAAAGGAGGAAAGAAAAACAAAGGUGGCAACAUAUUUGCUGCUCUGAGUCAGGGGCAAAGUGAUGACGAUGAAGAGGACGCAGGCGAUGAUGACGAUGUUGAUGAGAAACCCCAAAGCAAGAAGAGCUCAAAGGAAGUUGAGAAGGUAACCAAGGGCAAGAAAAAAGAUCAGGCUAAACCUAAGAUAAUAAAGGAAGCCUCAGAGGAGGAAAAAGAUGAAGAGAUGGAGAAGAAAGAUGAGAAUGAAAAGAAAGGAGGGAAGAAGGGCAAGAAAGCCGCUGCUAAACCAUCUAAGGAGGGAGAUGAAAUUGAAGAGAGAGAACAGGAGAAGUCUCAGAAGAAAGGCAAGAAGGAACAGCCCAAGAAAGGGAAGCCCGCUCGCCCUCCUCCUAGUGAUGAUGAUGAUGAUGAUGAAGAGGAGGAAAAGAGUGAUGAAAAUGACACAAUGAUGAGUGCCGAGGAUGCCCUCACAGCUGAGCAGGCCAAAGAGAAACAAGAGGACGACCCUUUUGCUAACUUGAGUAAAAAAGAGAAGAAGAAGAAAAAGAAAAAGAUGGAGUAUGAGCGUCAGGUGGCUAGUAUUCGAGCUCAGAACGCCAUCGAGGGAGACUUCUCCGUCUCUCAGGCUGAGCUGUCCUCUCGACAGGCCAUGCUGGAAAACGCUUCAGACAUCAAGUUGGAAAGAUUCAGCAUUUCAGCCCAUGGUAAAGAGCUGUUUGUUAACGCAGACCUUCUGAUUGUUGCUGGGAGACGAUACGGUCUGGUUGGACCAAAUGGGAAAGGGAAGACCACUCUACUAAAGCACAUUGCCAACAGAGCUCUAAGCAUUCCUCCCAAUAUUGAUGUGCUGCUUUGUGAGCAAGAGGUGGUGGCGGAUGACACUCCUGCAGUUCAGGCGGUGCUGAAGGCCGACACGCGCAGACUGAAGCUCCUGGAGGAGGAACGGCAGCUACAGAGUCGGCUGGAGAAAGGAGACGACAGCGUGUCUGAGAGACUCGACAAGGUUUAUGAGGAGUUGAGGGCGAUUGGAGCAGCGGCAGCGGAGGCUAAAGCUCGUAGGAUCUUGGCUGGUCUGUCUUUCACUCCAGAGAUGCAGAACAGACCCACUAAGAAGUUCUCUGGUGGUUGGAGGAUGAGAGUGUCCCUGGCUAGAGCACUGUUCAUGGAGCCCACGCUGCUGAUGUUGGAUGAGCCCACUAACCACUUGGACCUUAACGCUGUCAUCUGGCUUAACAACUACUUACAGAGCUGGAAGAAAACACUUCUAAUUGUGUCCCACGACCAGAGUUUCUUAGAUGACGUCUGUACAGAUAUCAUUCACCUGGACAACCAGAAACUCUACUACUACAGGGGCAACUACCUGACGUUUAAGAAGAUGUACGUACAGAAACAGAAAGAACUCCUGAAGCAGUAUGAGAAACAAGAGAAAAAGCUCAAAGACCUGAAGGCUGGAGGAAAAUCCACCAAACAAGCUGAGAAACAGACGAAAGAGGCCCUGACGAGGAAACAGCAGAAGGGAAAGAAGAGCCACCGUGAGGAGGAGAGCCGUGAGGCCACAGAGCUCCUCAAGAGACCGAGAGAAUAUACCGUCAAAUUCACCUUCCCUGACCCUCCCCCGCUCUCACCGCCAAUUCUCGGCCUGCACAGUGUUGACUUUGGUUAUGAAGGCCAGAAGCCUCUGUUCAAAAAUGUGGACUUUGGUAUAGACAUGGAGUCCAGGGUAUGCAUUGUUGGGCCCAAUGGAGUUGGAAAAAGUACACUGCUCCUGCUUUUGACUGGAAAAUUAAAUCCUAUAAAAGGAGAGAUGAGGAAGAACCAUCGAUUGAAAGUAGGUUUCUUCAACCAGCAGUAUGCUGAUCAGCUGAACAUGGAAGAGUCUCCCACAGAGUACCUCCAGAGGAACUUCAACCUCCAAUACCAGGACGCCAGGAAGUGCCUGGGUCGCUUUGGCUUAGAGAGCCACGCACACACCAUCCAGAUCUCCAAACUGUCUGGCGGUCAGAAAGCAAGAGUGGUAUUUGCUGAACUUUCUUGUCGACAACCUGAUGUCCUCAUCUUGGAUGAGCCCACAAAUAACUUGGACAUUGAGUCGAUUGAUGCAUUGUCAGAAGCCAUCAAUGAAUACAAAGGAGCUGUGAUAAUUGUGAGCCACGAUGCCAGGCUCAUCACGGAGACCCAGUGCCAGCUGUGGGUGGUUGAGGACCAGUCGAUCAGCCAGAUUGAUGGAGACUUUGACGACUACAAGAGAGAAGUGCUGGAGGCUCUUGGAGAAACCCUGGUCAACAAGCCUAAAGAAUGAACAACGGCUGGUAUUAAUAACAAGAGCGUCAAACUACAUCACUGAAGGGCUUUUUGUUGCAUCUACAUUGCUCAUUUUUAAAGCCUCAAUACUGAAAGAAAUCCUUCUUGGUAAAUUGGCAGAUUAUGCUGAGCACCUGCAUGCAAACUGUGUAGGGUGAUAUACACAAACCCUACAAUACCAGGAUGGGUUUUUCACGUCUUUUACUUUUAAAACAGGUGAAGACCGAUUCCAGAUCAGUAUUUUUACUUGCUGACAAUUUAUACACACAGCGCUUGUUCAUUAGUCAUGAUGUCUGGCAUUCUUGUAUUAUGCUUACAUUCAGGCCAUAUCAUUACCAACUCUGUUCAUCCAUGUGAUGCAAUGCUAGAAAACAUACUGUCACUAUCAAAUGUGAACAGAUGUGGCUAGAAGUGUGCAGUUUGAUAAUGGUGUCUGUCGGCUGAUGCAUAUAUUUAGUAUUAAACUGCCUUUGUAGAAUGAACACUUGUGUUGAGGUCAUUAAGCUCACAUUCAAAACCAGCUCCAAAGUGUUUAACCUAUAUAAAUGUUCAUACAGUGAUGCUUCUUGUAGCUCAUCUGUCGUGAAUGAGGAAAUAAACUAUUGACUAACUUGAUUUGAAUAUGAAGUAUGCAUCCAAAUCUCAUGGAAAAACAAAUAAAAAAAUUUUUGCAACAAA